UGCUUGUGGAGGGUUUAGCUAUGGUGUCUUAUGAGGAGGAACGACGGCGACGGGUAGAGGAGAACAAGAAGCGAUUGAAGGAACUGGGUAUAGCGGAGAUCAGCAAGGAGAUCGCCCAGCAGACCACACAAAGGGCUUCCAAGAACCAAGCGAGGAAACGUUGCUCAAGGUCAGCUGAGAAAUCCGUCUUGUUUGUACGGAGGUCUUCUCGAGUCUCAUCGAAUCCUCGUCCAAACUACAAACUGGAUGACGAGCCCCGUCUGCCUCGAAGAAGUUCUGGGCGAUCGUCUCGAAUAUCUCCAACCAGCUUUUGCUCACAGGAGGACAGAAUGGCAGCGAUUGAGGCCGCGGAAAAGAUCCAGCAAAGUUUAGAUCGUCCUUCCACCGUCAAGACGAUGCUCCAGUCCCACGUCUCUGGAGGAUUCUGGCUGAGCUUACCACUCUCAUUUGCGAAGAAACACUUGCCAAAGAAGGACACGAUGAUCACCCUCGAAGACAGCGACGGGCAGGAGUCCGAGUCCUUUUAUUUGGCGUACAAGAACGGACUUAGCGGCGGAUGGCGUGGUUUCUCCAUUGAUCACAAGCUGCAAGACGGCGAUGCUCUCGUCUUCGAGCUCAUGGAACCUACACGUCUCAAGGUUCACAUUUUUCGAGCUGCCGACUACCAAAGGAUUCAAGGCAAAAGCAUCACAGAUAAGGCACAGCUUGCAAAAAGGAGCCGCAGGUAGACUAGAAAGAUGACAAUGUUUGCUCUUUACAGCUAGUUCUUGUCAUUACAUCUAUCAAUGCAAAGAAAAGGAAAUCAAGCACAAAAUCAAUGCAAUACAUAAAAAGCUAGCAGAAAAAUCAUUAUAUUUAAGAAACAAA